ACUGUGGUUCAAGAUGGAGACGAUGCAAGUUGGUAGCUAAAUGUUAGCCAGCUAGCUGUGAACUCUGAUCAAAAUAUGGUAAACAGGACAGGCCACCACACGUCUGGACGCUGAUGGGAUCUGUUGCCUCAUCGAAAAGUGCAUGCGGCGGCCUUUUUACCGUGAUGAAGUGAAGUUGUUUGUAAACACAGGCCACCUGAAGAAUAGUCAAGAGGGAGCAAAUAAGAGAAACUGUCAAUGUUCACCACAAACUGAUAUUUUUGGAAGGGGAUCGAUAUGGCGCUGAGAGAGUUAAAAGUUUGUCUCCUUGGGGACACUGGCGUUGGAAAGUCAAGUAUUGUUUGGAGAUUUGUAGAGGACAGCUUUGACCCAAAUAUAAAUCCAACAAUUGGGGCAUCCUUCAUGACCAAGACAGUGCAAUACCAAAAUGAGCUGCACAAGUUCCUGAUCUGGGACACGGCAGGACAGGAACGGUUCCGUGCUCUGGCGCCAAUGUACUACAGAGGUUCAGCUGCAGCCAUCAUUGUUUAUGACAUCACAAAAGAGGAGUCUUUCCAAACACUGAAGAAUUGGGUGAAGGAGCUACGCCAGCACGGGCCUCCCAACAUAGUGGUAGCUAUUGCUGGCAACAAGUGUGACCUAUCAGAUGCCAGGGAAGUCUCAGAGAAGGAUGCCAAGGACUAUGCCGAUUCUAUCCAUGCUAUCUUUGUAGAAACCAGUGCCAAGAAUGCCAUUAACAUCAACGAGGUGUUUAUAGAGAUAAGUCAGCGCAUCCCUGUUCUAGAUGCAGCAGGAGGAGCUGCAGGGAAGGGUUUCAAACUGGGACGGCAGCCCUCAGAAUCCCGUAGGACAUGCUGCUGAUAAAUCCAGUGACUACCUACAUGACCCGUGACCCAAGUCUUGCUCACCCUCUGUCCCUGUCCUGCUUCAGCUUACAGCUACCACAGACCUUCAACCAACACCAAACACCUCCAACUCUGAGACCAAGUUGCAGCAUUACCACUUUAAUGGCCAUUGCACAUAUUUUUUUGCCAUGAAAAGGCGACAUACUGAAAGAAGGAAAAUCAUGCCUUUUCUCGCAACGUUGGACAAAGAUGCUUGCAUUACCCACAUUUGUUCGCUUUGUUGUGUAUGUGAAACAGACCUGAGGAAUCAUCAAGUUCUGCAUUCCACUUCCCUUCAUCGCUACUUGAUAUCACAAAGAACAGACAACCCAUUUCCUCAGAGGCACAAACAGAUAGUUCUGCUCCAGUGGACAUCAGCCUCUGCCCUGUCUAUUUAGCCCUAGUUUGGAUAGAAAGCCACCUCAAGAUUUACUGCCACAGAUUCCUAGGUGCAGAAGUCAUUCAUACUUGCGUUAUGUUCUACCCAAAGAUGGGUUAAUAUGGGUUCAAAUCUCGCCAAAGGCUUUAAAUAGUAAGUAAUACUUAAAUUAUUACCCUUUGUUUUAUUUGUCGGGAAAUCAAACAAUGAAAUCUUCUCCAGCUUCUUGAAGGAUCCAGCUCAGCAAUUAAUCAUUGUAAUCACUAAUUUAUGGUAAGGUUUUGAUGAACGGGGUUAUGUUUGGACGCUUUACAUGAUAUGUGUUUGUUACCACCCUCCAUCUCUAUUUGCACUUUGGAAGGACAUUUGGAAACAUAUGUCACAGUUAUUGUGAUAAAGAAGGUUCAUGCACAUAUUUAAGUAAUUUAUAGUGUGGUCAUUGUUUCCGUUGAAGAUGAUUUUUCAAGACAAAUACCAAAUAAGUCUGCUAAGGCAAAUUAUGACCACGCAGAAGAAGAAGCAGAGAUGAUAGGUGUGCAGGACCUUCUUAUGGAUGUGAGCUGUAUUGGAAUUGAUUUCCUGUUACACAAAGGAGAGAGCUGUGAUGUGCGUCUUGCUUCUCUCUGUUAGGCUUAUAAGGAUAUUUUGGCUGUCACUUGUCACUGAGGCUGGUAACAAAGUCUUGCAAAUUCUCAUUUCCCUGAUGAGAAAAGCUUCAUUGUGAGUAGUGGUAGUGCUUUUAGAUAGAAUUGGAUAAUACUUACAGCACUGGCAGUUUCCAAGUGUAUUACAUGAUAACAGUUCCAAUUGCUCACAUGUUCCACGUUUCCACUUAUAAUCAUCGAAAACAUUUGGCAGAAUUGCCAAAAUUCUGCUUAUGAACUGCCCCAUUGUGCCCACAGUAUUCUACCGGUUGUUUUACAAUAUAAAUUGUGCUUUAUUACUACUUUAAUCUCAUUUUAACUGUUUGUGUUUAACCGGUCAUGUUGGCGAGCCUGCCCGUCCUGAAUUCCCUUGCUGUUAUUUUACAACAGUUUUACAGGGGAGGCUGAUUUUGUGAGGUCCUGCCAAAUUCGUUAAUCCUCCCAUAAACAUUUUCAUCUUUCUUUUCUCUUUUUUCCAUAAUAAGCACUGGCUUGCACAUUCAAUAUAGUUUUACUACCUGGCCUAUGAUGAAAAGAGCGAUAUCUGGAAACUAGAACCUCUUUCAGGGGAAACUCAGAUUUUACUCUGCAAGCUUAAAGGUUGUGUGCAAAAUCAGGCAUGGCACUGCGCUGACAUGCUGACCCCCUAAUGAACUGUGGUCUCCAUUCUUCUCUGAAACGCUGCAUGUGUUCUGCUCUGGGGACCAGUUUCUGUCUUUCAUUUCUCUCACUCCCGAGUUGUUCGUCAGCACUCUGCUCCAAGCAAUUAAGCCUAACUUCCAUUUUGUCUUAAAAAAAAAAAACAAAAACACAAAAAAGACCUGGAUUACAGUACGGCAUUGAAAGAGGCCUAUCAUCACCUUUCACAUUCAGGAAAAUCGUUUUUAUUCUGAGAUCCAUAUGUCAUAGUACCGUAGUGUUUUCUAGAACUUUGUGUUAGCAUAAUUGAUUUAUAAACCCUCACAGACUUGUUAGUAAUCUGUUCUAUGAAGAUCUCUUGAGCCGUUUUUGCCACAGCACCUCUCUUUAAAUUUGCCAAAAAACAAAAAAAAAAUAAUAAAGAUAAGGGUUAAAUUAGACAGG